AUGGACCCCCAGCCCCGUCCCCGCGCGGGGGUCACGGCCAGGAGCUCAUGGCCGCGCGGGAGCGGGGGAGGGUGGCCCGAGGCCCCUUCCCGGGAGCCCCCAGUCGCUCCCCUGGGUCCGGGGCUAAUUGAGCCGGCCCGAGACAAACAGACCGGGAGACUGGGGAGAAGCGGGCGCGGGGCGGAGGCGGCAGGGCCGGAGGGGCCCGGCUCCAGGAUGCCUCGCUCCCCCUCUCCCGGUCUCUCCCUAGCUCUGUGGUCACAUCCGGAAGUUCCACCGCGGAGAUGCUUAACCCGCUGUCCGCCGGUGGCUCGGGCCGUGGGGCGGGGCUCAGCGGGAGCCUCUGAGCCCACUCCCCGCCCCCGCCCGGCGGCUUUUGUGUGGGGUCUCGCCGGCCCGUCCUCCUCGGCCCCCACCGCUCCUGCCCGGCUCUCUCAGGGUCGCUCUCCGUCCUCCACCCCGCUCCGGGGCGUCUCCACCUCUCUCCCUCUCGGCCGCCUCCGGGCUGGGGCUCGCCCCUCCUCCUGUCUCUCGCCCCACUCCCAGGAGACAGGGACUCCUGAGCCUGUGUCUGUGGCCAUCUGUGCCUGCGCGUGUGUCCUCAGAGUGUCUGAGUGUACCUGGAAGACAGGUACCUCUGGGGUGCGCCAGGUGGUGCCCCCUCUCUGCCAGUGUGUGCAGCUUAGAGUGCCCAGCCCCACCUACAUCUUACAGAUGGGCAGGUCCCUGGGCCACACUCACCCGGGAAGCCCUGUGUGA